AUGGAGCCCCCGGGAGUAGAGACAGGAGUCGAGUUCCCAAAGAAUCCCCUUUUGUGUCCGAUAUGCCACGAUUAUUUUACAGAGCCUUGCAUUCUCAGUUGUUAUCAUACCUUUUGUGCAAGAUGUUUGAGAGGACGAGAGCAAGAUCGUCGGUUAAUUUGCCCAUUUUGCAGGCAACCGACGAUUUUGAAAGAUGGUUCCACACUGCCACCCCCCGAUAGUUUAAUGCGCCAGUUAAUAGAGAUAGCCAAUAGCGAAAACCCGCCGUGUUCUAAUUGUGAUAAAAGGGAUCGACAAAACAUGUAUUACUGCAAUACCUGUGGACAAGCGCUGUGCGUUCACUGCCGAGAGAACACCCACAGGGCUAAGAUGUUUUCCGCCCACGAAGUAGUCCACAUGGCCAAAUGCACCAAGGAAGCUAAAAAGUGUCUCCAACACGGUGAACAUUACAUCAUGUUCUCGCCGGUGCAAAACUCCAUGUUGUGCGUGAACUGCUUCCGGGAAUUACCGAACGAAAUGCGAGCGCAAUGCGUCGAUAUCGACACCGCGCAUGCUCAGGCUGCGAAGCGCUUGGAACGAGGCCAGAAUGCCAUCAUGGAUUUACAAACAUCAGUAAGAGACGGUAUAAUCGCUUUGAAAGGAUUAAUGGACGAGUUACGUAGGAAUAUGGACAGCGAAAAGCAUACGAUUAAUACUUUUUGUCAGGGUAUGCAAGAAGCGAUGGCCAAAACGCACGCUACUAUGAUUAUGGAAGUUCAACGACAGUACGAAAGCAAGGAAAGGAUUUACAGAAGCCAGCUGGUCGUUUUAGGUACCGUAAUGCCCGUACUGCAAUUACACCUAGUAUUGUGCACGACAUUCACCGCUGCGGCAAAUAAAUACCAAUUUUUGGAAUUGAGUCCGUCGCUGAUCGAACGACUCUCAGCAGUGGGAAAUUUGAGCCAACCGGUCAGAUCCUUGCAAUCGUCGCAGAUAAAAACGAAUUACCGAAGCGAAUUCGCCCAAAGCCUCGAGCCUUGGAUAGGCCCCGCCGCGGUGAGCCAGCAUCAGUCCGAAUUAGCCGCGAGUUCCAGAAUGUACGAUAGCGUACCGCCGGCGACGAAGAAACAACAGGCGGCGAUGAAGAGCAAACUGUUGGACUGCGACAGCUCGUUCUCGACGCAUUGCCGUUCGUUCGAAUCGCAAAUCAGGGAGCUCAACCAGCAGUUCAAUACGAUCAAAGAGAAGGUCGGCGAUUUGCACAAGGACAUCGUGGCGCUGCGUAAGGCCCAAACGCCGCCGUUGACCAUUCGCUACGAGAUGCUCAUCAGGGAGUGCCUGCACUUGGACCAGAGCUUGGAAAGACAACAGAAGGAGCUGGAGAGAAUGUCGGCUGCUUUCGAUGCUUCGUGGGAGGAGCAAUUGUGGCGUUUGAGAGUCGAACAAGAAGUGUUUAGUUGUCAAAGGGCCGAUGUUAAUACGUUGAGGAACGAAUUGAAGCAUCUCAGUCAGGUCGCAACGCAAUUGGAACCGUUCAUUAGAAGUUUGACGCCGUCUCAACAAGCUCAAGCUCAAAGCGAGCACGGCUCUCAAAAUCACAGCGAGCACGCGCAACAUUUGGCUAAUAUUUUAGAGCAUAUCGGUAUUUUACAACAAUCGGAUCCGGCCAUGGGGAAAAUACCGCGGUCUCGUAGCCGAGUGCUCGGUCAAUUACUCGAGAAAGUCCGUCCGAACAUUCAGGAAAGGGAGCGCAGCAAAUCAGCGACUCAGACCGAUAAGCCCGUCGCCUCGUCGCAGAAGGCCACGCCGCGGAAAACUUUUAUGUCGGGUCAACAAAUAAAUAUCGACAGAUUGGAAGCGCAAAUCAAAGAAAAAAUCCACGACAUAAUAUCGAGAAGGCAGAGUCAGCAAACUUCGAAGUCUGAUACAGAGACUGACAGGAAACUAUCGAAAGACGAUCGAAAAAUAAGUAGCGCCGAUUUAGGUUCAAUAGGUAAAUUAAACACUAAGCAAAGAAUAAUGUAUAAGAAAAUCAACAAAAGCUGUGAUAAAAUCAGCGCCGGUAGUAAAUCGGACGGCGAGACUCGCAAACGCGAAUCGGAGUACCAGAGAAUAUCGGACGCGACGUCGCAGAAUCUGAAGACGCGAUCGAGUCCGAGCAGCCCGAAGUGCAAGAACAAGGGCGGCAUGCCGUCGAAGCAGCAAAAGAAGAAGGUCUAUCCGUACAGCGACGGCGAGGACAACGUGUUCUAUUCGAUGCACGAUUCGGCCGAUUCGCUGAGCACGUCGAGCAGACGGUCGAGCUUCGACGGGCCCGAUAAGACGCUGGUGGUGGUGAUCAAUCGAAGGAACAAAAACAUGACGGCCGCGCAGAAACAACGAAGUUGGGAGACGUUUCCGCCGAAGCGCAAACAUCACGUUUGCCAUCAGAAAUUGUCGAUGCCCACGCCGCCGAUGGCGCCUAUCAGGAAAACGGACAGUUUCGAAGGACACGAAGAAGCCGUUAAGAGCCUCGUGGCGGCGGUUCAGGAGACGAGACGGAAGCCGAGAGGCGGCAAUUAG